AUGACCCACGGAGGACAUGUUGGAGACAAAAAAGAACCUGACUUUACUAUGCGUCCUCGAUCUCAACUUCCAAGUAUAAUCCCAGUUAUGGCGCUCGAGGUCGGCUGGUCCCAGACCUAUAGCAGCCUACAUGCUAACGCAGUGUUCCUUCUAAAAGGCGGCAGCCUAACCGCAAACCGCUACAUCCUCGUUAAGUACACCAUCCGCCGUCAGGGUGUCCAGGCCGUACUUUGA